AUGGCGGAACCACAGGUUGAAAGUGACCAGUCAAUUAAAGAACCUUCGUCACCAGUAAUACAAGAGGCAAAGGAACACUCUUCUGCCACCAGCCAUGAACUUGAAACAAACUCUCCAGUCCACGCAAAGACGUUUUUGGCAAUUCUUGCUGUUUGUCUGAUAUAUUUCGCGCAGUUGACCAGUGUGGUUGGAGCCGGUGCUCAAGGUCAAACAAUUAUCGCUCAUUUUAACUCUACCGCUAUAGUAUGGUUAACUGCACCCAUCGCCAUCGUCACCGUCGUCCUCGGUCCCAUCGUCGCCCAGGCAGCCGAUUAUUGGGGACGAAAAUGGUUCUUAAUAGUUUGUGCGAUGUUUGGCGCUAUCGGUUCCGUGGUGAUCGCGCGUGCAACCUCAAUGAAUAUGGUAAUAGCUGGCUUUACGCUUACGGGUGUGGCUUUUGGUGCCCAACCGUUGCUACAUACUGUCUCUCUUCUGCCAUUCGAGAAGAUCCUAACAUCUGAAGUUCUGCCACGAAGAUGGCGAAGCUGGGGACAGGCCAUUGACAUGGUUGCAACCUGUCUGGGGACAAUAUUUGGACUUCUCGUUGGUGGUGCGCUGAACCGAAACAAUGAUCCAACAUCGGAUGGAUUUCGAACCUACUUCCUUAUAUGUAUGGCGUGGUAUUUGAUCGCCGCAAUUCUGUGUUUCGUGGUAUACAAUCCCCCGCCUUUCGAAAACCAGCAAUUUACCACCACCGAGAAAUUAGCCAAGCUAGAUUGGAUCGGUUAUCUUCUACUUGCGGCUGGCCUUGUUUUAUUUUCUGUCGGACUGUCUUAUUCGCAGAAUCCUUACCAGUGGAACGAUCCGCAUGUCUCUGCAACCUUCGCCGUGGGCCUCGUACUAUUUUUGUGCUUAAUCGGCUACGAAACUUACAUCAAGAAGGAUGGCAUGUUCCACCACGGCCUUUUUACUGGAAACAGAAACUUCGCUAUCAGCGUAUUGACUGUCAGUUGCGAAGGUAUUGCCUACUUCGCCGCCAACAACUACCUCAUUUUCCAAAUCGGCACGCUCUACGAAUCAGACGCACUUAUCGUUGCCACGCGGUACUGUAUCAUGCUAAUUUCUGCCUCUUUGGGCGCACUUGCUGCUGGCUGGUAUUGUGCUGCUUACAAGCGUGUCCGUUGGAUUGCUGUUGCCGCCUUUGUUAUUUUCUUGAUCUUUUUCAUCUGUAUGGCGACUUCCAACACGGGGUCGAGUAAUGCCGUUUGGUUCUAUCCAGUUUUGCUUGGAGUUGGCCUCGGGAUGACCUUGACGACCCUGGUCACCGCCGCGCAGCUAUCUACUCCACCAGAACUUAUCGCCGAGGCAAGUGGUCUCAUGCUUAGCGCUCGAUCGCUUGGUGGCACCAUUGCCAUAGCUAUCUACAAUGCAUUAUUCAACAAUGAAAUCGCACACAUGGGAGAGAACAUUGCUAGCGCCGCUAUCAGCGAUGGGCUCUCCUCGGAAUACGUUGAAGAUUUUGUUACGGUACUGAGCGCACAGAGUAAAAAUCAGACAGCUCUGCUAGCCAUCCCCGGUGUGACUCCUCAGAUCGUUGAAGCUGGCACACAAGCGCUUCUAGACACAUACGUCCAAGCUUUUAGACAUGUGUAUAUAGCCGCUGCAUGUUUCGUCGCUGUAGCUGCAAUACUUGCUUCGUUCCUGUUCGACCCACAGCAGGAGUUCAACAUGCACAUUGAUGCACCUAUCGAAAAAGUAGCCGAACCCAGCCCAGACCAUGAGGUCGCGUGAGGGAUGUUAAGUUUAUGGGGGUAGCUACUCGUCCACCAAGUGUACAACUGACUUCUCCGGGCUGUCGUAAAGGAUCUAUAGAGACGAGAGGCUUAGAGCCGAGGCAGUGAUAUUGUGGAAACCAAUAUGCCGAAGUAGACUCGAUACUAGCCUCUUAGAAUUCUUUCGCAAGAGUUUGUUCUAUAGCAGU